AUGCCACCGAAAAAGAACCUGCCAGCCCGCAGCUCAAGUCGAAAGACGCGUCAAUCGACGCGUCGCCGAGAAGUGCUCGACGAUGGCAUCCCGAGCGUGUACGGUGAGAUGGUGGCAGAAGCCGUGGCUGAAGAACGAGACCUCUCGAGUCAGCUAAGAUCCUCCAAACGACGGAAGAUCAGUGAGGAGUCCUCUUCCAAGAUCGAACUCGAUUUUGAUCUCUUCGGCACACCAGAGGUUGGCGCAGAUGGCGACCCAAUUCCUGCUACUGCGGACGGAACUUCACCGAAGUUACAGCAAGUGGUCUAUGAUGACUUCGAAGGAUCCGACGAAUCCGACGUCGAGUUUGAGGACGUCGAACUAGAGCCGGCCGAAGACGACGAAGACGGACCAAGUUCAAAACCCGAGCAGCAGUCAUUGGAGCUGGACUUGUCUAGAUCGACGCUGGAGCCGUCAAGGCGAGGACCUCAACGACGCAAACCAGUAGGACCAGCCGAGAAGAAGAUACGCCUGGAAGUGCACAAGGCGCAUCUAGUUUGUCUACUGGCACAUCUGAGCAGUCGCAAUCGCUGGUGUGAGAGUGAGUCGGUGCAAGGCCUUUUGAAGCCGCUCGUACCACGCAAAGUGAUCUCGCUACUUCACGUGGAGGAGUCGCAACCACAGUAUCAGCGGUCGCAUUCUUUCAUGAAAGGGAUCGAGGAACUUUGCGCCCUUUGGAAGCAGCUGUGGACCAUUACGGCAAGAGGAAUGCAACGGGCAUACUGGAAAGAGGAUGUCGAUGCAAUCAAGGAGAGUGACGACACUGAAGACCUCAUUGAUUUUGAUGAGUUCAAGGCCGCUGCGAGAUCGCGGUCCGGUUCGAGAGAUCUCGGUGCUCAGCUGUUCUGCGCCCUCCUUCGAUCGGUCGCGGUCGACACGAGACUCGUCUGCUCGCUCCAAGUCCUGCCGUUCUCGGGCGUUGCCAAAGGCCAGACGCCGGAAAAGCCGAAGUCGCAGUACUACCAUGCCCCUCCUCAGAACUACACACAGAACUCAACCAUCUCCCGUCCCGCACCGACAACUCGAAAGAAGAAGAGAAAAAUCAUCGAGUCCCCCUAUCCGAUUUUCUGGGUCGAAGUAUACUCUCCAUCCACAUCGACGUGGAUUCCGUUGGAUCCCAUAGUGCGCAAUACCAUCAACAAGCCGAAAACGGGGUUCGAGCCACCAGCGGCCGAUCGCUUGAAUAGCAUGACCUAUGUGAUUGCCUUGGAGGACGAUGGCUCCGCCAAGGACGUCACACGACGGUAUGCUCAAUGGUAUAACGCCAAAACGCGAAGACAGCGUGUGGAGAGCACCAAGGGCGGAGAAGAGUGGUGGACCCGCCUCAUGGGUGCUCUGCAGAAACCUUUUGACGAAUUUAGAGACGAGAUCGAAGACGCGAAUCUGCUCAGACGCGCCGAAAGCGAAGCCAUGCCGAGAAACGUGCAGGACUUUAAGGGACAUCCUGUAUAUGUUCUCGAGCGGCAUCUCAGGAUGAACGAGGUCAUCCAUCCGAAGCAUGAAGUGGGCAAAGUCAGCACGGGAUCCGGCAAAAAUGCAAAGCUCGAAAGUGUUUUUCGUCGACGCGAUGUUCAUGUGUGUCGGACCGCAGAUGCAUGGUAUCGGCGAGGCAGGGAUGUCAAGCAAGGCGAACAGCCACUCAAACGGGUGAUGCCCAAGAGGAGACGGACGCCAGAAGAUCAAGAUCUCGACGAUGACGAUCACGCUGAGACCAGUGAAGGCAUGGCCCUGUACGCCGAGUACCAGACCAAACUGUACGAACCGCCGCCUGUGGUGGAUGGCAAAAUUCCCAAGAAUGGGUACGGAAAUCUCGAUGUCUACGUCCCUUCAAUGAUCCCUGCUGGCGCCGUACACAUUCGCCAUCCUCUUGCUGCCGAGGCUGCGCGGGUCCUCGGUAUCGACUACACCGAUGCAGUCACCGGAUUUGUUUUCAAAGGGCGACAAGGGACUGCCGUGAUUGACGGAGUGGUGGUCAGCAUGCACAUGUGCAAUGCGAUGAUCAACGUGAUUGAAGGAUUGGAAUCUCAGGCAACAGAAGAGGCAGAACAAGCACGCAGCCGAGUCAUCCUGGCGCUUUGGAAGAGGUGGCUUACUGCAUUACGGGUUCGUGAGCGGGUGCAUCGCGACUAUGGCGACAGAGAAGAAGACACUACGAACGUGGCUGAAGAUGAUGACGAAGAAGAAGAAGACUCGACGUAUCGGGAUGAUGGGGAAGAUUAUGGCGGCGGAUUCAUGCCCGACGUUGAUCAAGAACAAACAAGCCAAGUCAACGUCGAACCGGACACCGAUGCCAUAUCCGCACUACCACAUCUCAAGCCUGUCGACCAGCUGAUUCCACCGGAAGUCGUACAUCAAGCUAUUGUUGUGGUCAGGUCUCCGCACAAGCUUCAUCAAUGGGAGAGCCAGGAACUUCUCAACCCGGAGCCAGAGGAUGCAAAUAUCGGAGGGGAAGCGGGUGAAGACCAAGCUGACGCUGGUGGAUUUAUCGAUGAAGACGAUGAGCAGGAGGCAGGAGGCUUCUUCCAAUUCCAAGACCAUGAACACGAGACCGGAGGAUUCAUUCCUGAUGAUACCAACAAACAACAAGCUCCAAGUCACCACCCGCCAUUCCCUGCGAUGGACAACGACGAUGCCGGUGCAGGCGGCUUCUUUCCAGAGGAUACGGAUAUGACCUCUCCACCGGAACCGAAGCAUGGCGACACGAAAAACGGCAAAGACGAAGACUUCGAGGAUUCAGCAGCAGGCGGCUUUCUUCUUGAAGAUGACGAAACAGACACACCACGACUCCUCGAUCCGUCCGCAUCAGUGAACCACCGCCAAUCAGCCGAGGAAGACCAAAUACGCAAAAAGCAUGAGGACAAGACUGCGAACCCAGAUCCUAGCCUUGUUGUCAAGGAUGAAACCAACCCAAUCUCAAACAAUCAACCUGCUCCCCUCGAACCAAGACGUCCUUCUUCUUCUCCGCCUACUUCAAAUCCAAGGUCGUCUCCCACCAGCUUACGGUCACAGUCUCAGACGUCUCUCCUCUCACACGAUCCUGACGAAGAAGACGCCGAGCCGGAAUGGUUGCUCAACAGUCUAGGAGAGAUGGAAUGA